AAAUCGUUAUGGUCCCUAAAGACCUUCUCCCUCCGAAUCCUGCCAUUUGCAUGGUCCGCCAGAAGUGCCAUAUGGUGCAGCAUUACCACGGCGCUCACCUCUGUAUUUAUAGGGUUACGGUAAUAAGACUGACCGAGAACACCUUGGAUAAUCAGUUUGUAAUCACCCACGUAAAAUGUUCUUGAACAUAACCCCUUUUUAAUGCCUGACUUGUCAUGAAAAGCAUCAAGAGUAACGGACAACGAUUGUGGUGAGGAGUGUGGCUUGUUUUUCCACACUUGGGAUUUAAUUGACAUUUGAUUAUGUGUUUACAGUGUCACAUAAAAAUAUUAUGUUAUUGACACAUGUUGGACAGAUGCUUUAUUCCAUGCAGUCGCGCCGUCAGUGGACAGUAGGCCUAUAUGACGGGAUUAAAUAUAGAACAUUUAUUUUUAUUUCUAUUCUAAGGAGAUGUUUCUGGAGUUAUAACUGAGAAAUAACGCAGUUGACUUAAAUUAUUAUGAUUACAUAGAUUUAACGCAUGAUACGGGUUGAAAUUAAAUUUAUGAAGGGCGAUGAUAAAACAUAAUCGUUCUUCUCACUCUACAAUUCUUCGGUCUGACUUCAGUUCACCACCACACCAUCUGUGUCGCAAAUUCUCCUUUUCCUCCAAACCAUGCGUACGCAUGGGUCAGAGUUUGCUUAGGGCUGCGCACAUUUUCCCGUCAAGUUGGUUUUUUAUAGAUCACAACCUUGGCGUGGAAAGUCACGUACGCCAAUUUCAGCCCCGUUUUGUGCGUACGCAACGGUUAUAAAUGAGACCCCUGGGUGUUUGUGUGGUCGUCCUGGCAACCACUUGUUGACGCUCCGGGAUCUCUAAUCGCAGACACAGUGCAAGAGAAACAUUCACCCGGCGUCUGAGUGAAGAAACCUCCAACAGUAAACCAUAAGCGGGCUGAUGUCUCGCCUGGAGGAGCCCUUGCGGUGGCGGCGGCUCGGCGGACCGGACCCCGAGGUCGUGGAGGCUCUGCGGCGCGGCUCCGAGCAGCUCACGGCGGACAGCAGGAGGCUACUGACCGAGGCCGACAAGACAUCCAGACGGGUGCAGCAAGGCGCUAAACAGAGACUAGAGCAGCGUUUACGAGAUAUCCAGUACCUACGGGAAGAGCUGGAGCGGAGGCUAGAGGAAGUCCUUGAGGAGACUGAAGCUCUGGUGGCCUUCAGAACGCGGGUGGAGAGAGCCCUGGAGGCGUGCUCGGACCCUCUGAGGGCAACCCUGCUCUGCCUGGAGGAGAGAAGCAGGCGUGCCGCCGUGGAGCAGGGGCCUGACGAGGUGGAGAGAGAGCUGCUGCAGGAGAUGGAGGUGUUCCAGGGGGUGGCUGCCUUGUUGCAGCGCAUGCUGGAGCAGAUUGUUGAACAGAUACGACUGAACCGCUCGGCCAAGUACCACCUGGAGAAGGAUCUGAAGGACAAGUUUCAGGCCCAGAGCAUCGAUGACUUGUGCAUAUUGAUGACCAACAACUCCUUCAACCCCGACAAAAGGCCCACAGUCCUCCCGCUCACCCAUCCACCCAGCAUGGCGGUGAGUCCGGAUGAGUGGGAGGGGCUCUCGGUCGUCAACAUUAGCCGUGCGGAGCAGGAGAAGGCUAACUCUGCGUCGCUGCGAGCCCUGGUGUCCUCCCUCCUGGAUCAGACUGCCUGCGACAUGCGCAGCCGGCUGCGGGCCACCGCCUUGGCUUUCCAGCGCAAGAUCCAGGAGACCAAGACGGCCAAGGCUCAGAUGGAGGAGCAUCUGGCCAGGGUCCAGAGUGAGGUGAGCAGCCAGAAGAGGAACCGGGAGGCCCUGGGAGUGGCGAUGGCUGAGAAGGAGCUCCCGCUGAGCGUGGCCCAGGCCCGGCUCUCUGCUCGCGCUAAGAGACCCGGCACCGAGCUGUGCCAAGACCCUGCACAGAUCCUGCUGCUGGCGGAGGUUCAGGAACUCACUGCUCACAUCCACAGAAUGCGCACGGCAGCCUCCCAGUCUGACGCCGCGCAGCAGAGCCUUAUCUGCUGCCAGCUGGAGCUGGAGCACAACGUGGAGGUGAAGGCCAGGUCUCUGUACGUGGACGAGGUGCUCUGCGGCGGGCACCGCCAGCCUACCAUCAUACAAGACUUCUAAUGGGGCGUUCCCUUCACAACCAGUGAACCAUAGCUGAUGGAAGUAUUGGGUUGUUAAGGGGAAUGCAGUAGAGAGUUGAUUGUUGUGAGAGCUAUGUGACAUCCUGGAAACGAUUACCAAUAAAAAUGAAAUGGCAUCCAA